UGUGCAUAUGUCGGAGAGACCUCGGCGGCGGCGAUAGUUGACCGCUUCUGGCGGUCAAGGGGGGAGUGUAGCCGCCGACUACGUUAUUAUGUUUUUGUUCCUUUCUUUCUUUUCGUUUCCUUUACCGUGCCCUAUCCUUCCCUGCCCUGCUCUUUGGUUUCGGUCUGGCUCUUUGUUUGCGCGCUCUAGUUUAGUUUCUGUCUGUGACCUCAGGCUAGGUCACGUGGUGUCUGUGCCCGGGAGCGAUGGACCGGGUCAGUGCGGUGAGGGAGAGCGGCGGCGGCCAGGGGCCAGUCUGGGUCUGGUCUGAGUGGUGAGCGGGAGAGCUACGGUCCGUAGCGAGUGUGAGCGCACAACGAACGGGAGAGUGCACGGGAGAGCGCGCUCGAUAAGUGACGAGAGAGGUGACGAACGGGAGAGCGUUGAGCCGCUUCACCGAGUGCAGCUGGAGUUCCAGUAUAUCAUUCGAGGGCGCAAUUGCCGGUACUACAUGGACCAGGGCGUGGUGGGCAGCUCUGGCGGUCGUCUCGGCGGCUUGCGCGUCUGGACAGAGCGCGACUCGCCCCAGCGGGAGCGUCAACUCAUCUGGCGACUGGUGAACGCACAGGGCGCCGGCUGGCGGCUGGCCCGGGCACCCAUACUAAACGCAGACGGAGUACAGCUGGAGUUGGAGGGCUCGUGGGCCGCUGGCGCCGGUCGGCACGGCGUCAUCGCCGUAGACGACAUCGUGCUGCUGGAUGGGGACUGCGCGCCGGCGCCGCCGCAGAGCCGGCCCGCCGCCGGCGACUGCGACUUCACCCACGACGCGUGCGGCUGGAGCAACUCGACGACGGACGAGCCGCGGCAGCAGCGGUGGCGGCUGGCCGCGCCGCUGGCCGCGCAGGCGCCGCGCAUCCUCCUCACCGACCACACGUUCAGGGACGCCGGCGGCUACAUCUACUUCGACCUGUUCAGCCCGCAGGACCGGCGCGAGCAGCUGCGCAUGGUGUCGCCGCUGCUGGAGCCCCCUGCCACCGGCGGCGGCGGCGCCGGCGCGUGCGUGGCCUUCUGGCUGGCGCACCUGUCUCCCUCUGAGCCGACCCAGCUGCGCGUGCUGCUCGAGGUGGUCACCUCCGGUGUCGGGGAUGACGCUCAGUUCGGCGAGCCGACCGUGCUGUGGUCGGUGCGUGCCUCGGAGACCGGCGCCCGCCGGCUCACCUGGCUCUACGGCCAGGCCGGCUUCAGGGCGACGCAGAGCUACCGCAUCACCUUCGAAGGCGACGCCAGCAAGUACGGCUUCGCGCUGGACGACAUCACGUUUACCUCCGGCGACUGCGAAGUUCGACCGAGCAAUGCCGCUCCAAAUGAAGGGGCACGGGAACAGCGCUCGCUCAUCCGCUGACGUUGCCCCUUCGAGACAGUUCCUCUGAACACUCGGGGCAAAACGUACCGUCACGGGUGGCGUGGCAUCAUGACACCGGCAGAACGCAGGCAGCAGUGCCACACGGGCAAAAUGUAGGAGACGAGCAGCCGCGGCGCGAGGCCGGUGUGAGCGCUAUACACGCUACAGUUCCUGUAGAUGUGGCGCCGAUAAGAUAAAUAUGAAUCACAUGGGUAUGCUUUCAUUGUUUAGAUGCGCGUUUUGAUGCGAAAUGUUAUGUGGCUUCUUCUAUCUAUAAGACUGUGUUGUCCUUUUGAUUAGACAUACGUUUCGUGUAAUGUAAGGUCCAAUAAUAAAUGCUUUAUGCGACAGGUG